AUGACACCAGCAGAUCCAAAUCGCUGGACAUUCACAGACUAUGUGUGCUUUCUGCGGAGCCAUGGGUUUCAUAAUCUUGCUGGCCUCGAUGCUUUUCUCCAAUGGGGUCUCGAGGCUAGCCGAAUGCCGACAAUGCAACGACCUCAGCGGGCUACAGCCAUUCUCCUAGAAUUUGGCUCGUCAAGCUUCAGAACAUCAGACCUCACAGACACUUCGAAGCUCAGGGUAUUGUUAAAGGAAUGGACCAGGAGAUCUCCUGAGACGCCGCCAACCUCGCCAGCUUCUGGUUCACAAGGACGCGGUGCUCACGGGCGGAUCGUUAUGGUCAACAAUGUCAAUCCGGAGAUGGUUGACACCCUUGGAAGUCUUCUUAACAUUGAACCGGCAUUUUUCGCCUCACAUAUUAGUGACUCUGCGACCGGUGGCGCUGGUGACGGCCACACAGGGUCUCCACUGGCAUCACAAAAUCUAAAGCACCAGAAGAACUUCUUUACAAUUGAAUAUCCUUGUACGUUCAUGACUACAAAUUGUGGGAAGGAUGUCGACAUCGAGAAGCUCUACUGCAAGGGAAACUAUCACAGACGGGUCGAAGUUUGUUCGCGGCAUGGAAAACAGAAGGUCGCUGUAGCCCGUCGAAAAAUUUCUUUUUACAUGAAGAAGACUCUCGACCCGUGGAUAUGUGUGGUGCUUGUUGACCCGCCAAUCUCCUUCUUCACGCUCGGAGCAGAACCGUAUGGAGCCUACUCACCGAGCCAACGUCUUGAAGUCACCGGCUAUCAGGGAGGCUAUCUUGACUUCCUUGAACAAAGGCCACCUCUGAAUCGGAACGACCACGACUAUCGUUCAUGUGGCUCUAGGCCGAUGUGUCCUAAUCCAUUCGAUGAUCUCUGCCGGCACUGGCAGAUUAUGGCCCGAGACGGCCUUCUUAACCCAGCCGAGGACAACUUGAUCAACAUUAUGCGGCCAGCAUUUCAGAUCGCAGCCAGCGAGUGCACCAAUUUCUUCGACUAUAUUCGGUCGACUCUGGAAAGCCAUCUCAUCUCCACCGCUCUCACAGUCGACCCAACAAAGACAAAAAGGAUUCUGGACAAGGUCAUUUCCCUCGACUCGAUGCUCAGCAGGUACAAGCCCAUCCUGACGCGGAUCAAAACCUAUCUGUCAUCCGACUCGGCACUGAACGAGGACUACCGGAGCCUCUUGAUCGACCUGCACCAUUAUAGAGCGGAAUGCGACUCGAAAAUGCAGCACAUCCUCGCCGUCUCUCAGUGCCAAGAUACUUCCUCCCUCCGCUCGAUAGAGUCCGAGUCCCAGCGACAAGCAGACUACUCACGUUACCUGACCAUCAUCGCCCUCAUCUACGCUCCCUUUGCGCUAUCAUGCGCGAUAUUCAGCUUACCACACGAUUUCGCCCCUGGGGCACACUAUUUCUACGGGCUUUUGCCCGCGACUGCAGGGGUGGCGAUUGUGUUUUUGUUGUUGGUAUUGCCAGAGGCGAGGGAUCCCUUGCCGAGCAUCAAGGCGGCAUUUUGCGGCAAGCUCACCAAGAAGAGGCUCCUUGCCAAACCGAAGAGUAGCGGUUCGAGAUCGGGUGGGCUCAAUGAAAAGUGGGAUAUGGAUGAGGUGUAA